AUGUCUGAGAGACGCGUUCGUGUUGCCACUCCAGUCUCUUCGGAGGCUGGCGACUCACUCCCUCCAGAUGCUGGUGACAUAUGGACUAGCAUCAUGUUCAGUUCUAAUCCCACUCAAGAUCAUGGUGUUGUAUCAAAUGAUGUUGUAUCGAAUGACUCCCCGGUGGAGCCACGCCCCGCAUUGCCCGAGGACCCCAUAGAUUGGUGGGGCAACUAUGAAUAUCGGGUUGAUUCUUUAGGAAAGAGAGAGAAAAAUUACGAGCGAUGUUUUAAUGGCGACUUUGAUGAAGUCACAAGCAUGCUGUCAGACAUGUAUGUUGUAGAGUUGCUCCGCACACCCAACUUUUUGACAGCCCGGUGUUCCCCAUCAAUGGGGGUCGUUGGCGUGUCACCGGCCGUCCAAACAUCGGCAGAAGGCUGUACAAGACCGGAAGAAGAUCCGGUACAAUUGACCGCAGGAACUCACUCCUUCGAUCAAGAUGUCGAAUCAACGCUCCUGACGUAUCAUCCCUAUGAUUGUGGAUGGGAUGAUACCGUUUCAAAUGCUUCAGUUUCACCUGAAGUAUCGUCGCCGAUGGAUCCAUACGAUUGCGGAUGGGAGGAUGACAUGAAUGUGACAUCCCAGGAAACAAUCAUGCCGUUAGAGCAAAUAUUAACGGAUGUAAGAUCAAACAGAGAACAUCCGACCGAAUUGUCCUACCGUCUUAGCGACAACAUGUUAUGUGCUAUGGAUGCUCUGAUCAUCAACGAGACGGUGCCCCCGAACGAGUCAUCGACCGAAGAUCCAUAUGACUGUGGAUGGGGCGAUAUCGUGACUGCUGCGGCCGUCCAAGCAACGGAUGAAAAUAUCAAAGCUAAUGCAGAUAUUGUGGCCGAUUCAUCAUCUUCCAAGGGCGAGAUGAUCACAUCUGCUGCACCGGCAAAUGAUCCUUACGAUGUUGGAUGGGAUGAUUCUAUGGAUGACAGCGACCCCGCAGACAUAGCUUCUAUGGCCGAUCCGUACGAUUGCGGAUGGCAGGAUGCCACAGCUCCGGAAGAUGAUAUUAUGCCGGGAGACCCUGCAGACGAUCCAUACGACUGUGGGUGGGAAGAUCCGAUGGAGGGACCAACUACCAUGCGGCUAUCGGUGGACAAGACGUUCUAUAUGGACACGGAUGUCAUUGACCUUACGUCUGAAUCACCCAGCCGAUCGGUGGACUGGAUAUUCGAUGAGAGGGAUGUCAUUGACCUCACCUCUGAAUCACCCAGCCGAUCGAUGGACCAGACAUUCGAUGAGGAGACGGAUGUCUUAGACCUUACGUCCACAUCAGUCAACCGAUCGGUGGACCGGACAUUUGGUAAGGAAACGAAUGCCCUUGUGCUGACGUCUACAUCAGCCAAUUCAGAGAGAUCCAUGUCUCCAACCGAACCCAACGCAUUCCAAGAGGCAGGAGAGUCCAUGCGUCGCGCGAUCCGACGGCUCAACAGCAUAGGACAUAGUGACUUCGAUAGAUAUGUUCGCAACAUUGUCGCACCAGGGGAUGGACUUGUAUAUGACUCACGACCAGGGCUCACUUUCAUGGCCAACCGGCAUUUGUUUGGUGCAUAUGCCGAGGCAAGAGAUCGGGUAACUAACCUCGGGGCUGAUGUCAUAAACAUACAUUGUUUACUUAAUAUUCACCGCCGGAUCAUGUACCCGCUAGAUGCGAUGAUAACCAGAGUGGAGCAGCAGGGGGAUAGUAUGCUAUGA